UCGACGAAUUCCAUCUGAUAAUACCUAUCAAUAUCCGUUUUUAUCGGUAGUAUAAAUAUCUAAAUAUACAUAUCCAAAUCAGUUUUUUAUCAGAGUGUGUUCGAAAUUGUAAUAAGUGACAAUGGAAAAGGUUAUCUAUUUGGUUCUUGCUUUUGCUUUUGCAGGCAUCAAUGCCAUACCUGUCGACGAAGCGUCAGGAAGGAUAGCUAAUGGAGUUCCCGCGGGCGACCGUGCUUACCCAUACGUGGUAUCCAUUCAAUGGGCUACCGCAGCCAAUCUCCAGCUGCAGACUAGAGGGCACAUAUGCGGGGGAGUCAUGAUAACACUACAACAUCUGUUGACUGCUGGCAGUUGUACUUACACGUGGGGUGCUGGAAAUACUAUAGUCCCGAUAGAAGCAAAUCAGUACAGAGCAUUUGCCGGCGCUUCGUUACUCACCAACGAUACUGUGCCAGCCCGUAUAAGGCAGAUCGUAAACUAUACUCUGCAUCCCGAGCAUCUGCCAGCGCCUGCGCAUCUCAACGAUAUCGCUGUCAUGACUCUUGUAAGUGCCUUCGACGCGACAGUGGUCACACCGCUGGCUUUGCCAAACAGGAACACCGCACCAUCUGACAACUCUGUUUGCACUGUAGCGGGAUGGGGCGCUCCACAAUAUUCCACAAAUACACCUUCUACACAGCUCUUGUAUAUGACCAAGUACAUUUACAACCAAGACCUUUGCAUCAGUGUAUACAAUCCCCUCCAAGGGUACCCUAAUAUAUUUAGUUCCAUGGUAUGCGCUGCGACCUAUAACAUUAUAUCUUCUGGUUGUUUUGGUGACGAAGGCAACGCCCUGGUAUGUGGAAACACCUUAACAGGCAUUUCAUUCUUGACUGGAAAUUGUGAAAUAACUGCAUAUCCUGAGCUCUACACCAGGGUGUCCAACUACACUGACUGGAUAAGAAGCGUCACGGGCUCGGCUUCUACCUUCAAGCCUGGAUUCUUCACACUUUCAUUGUUUGCGGUAAUGCACGCAGUAUUUAGAAAAAUUGUGGCGUAAAAGUUUUGAUGUGCUCAUUCAAGAAAAAGAUAUUCGAGAGCUUUUAAAAUUGUGCCAAUCCUACAUAGGAAACGUUUGUUAUAAGAAUAAUUUAAAUUUUAUUUUAGUUCACAAAUUUAAGUAAUAGAUAUUCAACAUUGUAUGAAAUUAUGUCUCAUUGUGGUUGCGUAACCAAUUUUACUAAGACUCUAUUUGUUGAUACUUAUGGAAAAUGUUUCUAAUGCUGCUUAGCAUGAUAAACAAUGAAUUUAACGUAAAACGAAAUAAAUAUUGAAUUAAGAGCAAUAUGUUAUGAAAUUUAUAAAUUAAUCAACCUACAUUAUAUUCCAAAAAAUAUAUAAAUAUAUGUAUUAUUUACUUAAAAUGAAUUUAGAUAUUGUUAAUAUUUGUUCUUGGACUUUAGUUAUAAUGUGAUUUUCAUUAUCAUUUAUAAUCAAUAAUCUUAAUUGUCAUAUUACAUUCACUGCCUAUUAAAUUAUAAUUAACUUUUUAUCUAUAUUCAAUUAGAUAAGAGGGAAUUUAAUGAUAAAAAAAGUGUUUUGAUAUAGAUAUAAAUGUCACGUAUAACUAUUGACUGAAAAAAAAUAUAAUAAUUAUUACAGUGACGAUUUGUGUGGUAACUAGUUUUACUAAGGCGAAAUUAUAAUCAAUAAUAUUACAUAUAGGUACUUACUUCAAAGAUAUUCGAGCUGUUCAUUAAA